AUGUUGUGCACAGUCAAGCUCGUCGGCAUCCUACUCGCCGCACACUCUGUCGUGGCACAGUCCUCUCUGGGGCCUUCCGCGUACACCGUUCCAGGUCCUUUCCCUACGUCCAUUCACCAGUCGUACUACAAUGAUCCCACUGCAACCGCAGCUCAGCCCCAGCCUGUCAUCUCGGACCCGGUGACGCACGAGAUCUUCCCGUAUGCGUUAACCAACCCGGACACCAUUCCUCUCAACGAUACCCAGUCGCCUCACCCGCUUCCGUUCCCUGCUUCAUCUUCGGUGCUUCUCGAGGCUGCUGUUGCCCAGAUCAUUUCUAUUUCGAAGAGCGCGGUCUUCGACUCCACCUGUGCCAAGUGCCAGGCCUCGCUCGAGGUCGCAAAAUUCCUCUCUUUGGCCGCCCCCGAGGAGGGCCCCACUCUGGCGGUUCGCAUCUGCGAGUACUUUAACUACUCCAAGAGCUGCGCUACAAGCUAUGGCAUCUACGCCCUUGGUUCGAGCCUCACACAAGUUGCCGCAUUCGCGGAUGCCGGCGGAUACGACGGAGAGUCUCUUUGCUGGAACUUCCUUGGUCUGUGCCCGCGCCCGCCCACUAGUCCUCUAGACUUGACCACUUGGUUUGCUAAGCCGAAGCCUAGUCCGCUUCCACCUCCCAAGCAGCCUUCUGGGGAGCGUUUGAAGGUCCUCCAUCUCUCAGACAUGCACCUCGAUUCUCGUUAUGCUACUGGGUCCGAGGCAAACUGCACAUCAAGUCUGUGCUGUCGCGCAAAUAAUUUCAACGUACAGAGUCCUGACACGCCUCUCCUGCCUGCUCCGCGUUAUGGCGCUUACCUUUGUGACUCCCCCAUCUCGUUGAUCACUUCCUCGCUUGAGGCGAUUCCCGUGCUCACCGGAACGCAGGAGGCCGGAUUCAACUUUACAGUGUACACGGGUGACUUGGUCGCCCAUGAUCCCGAUAACGAACUCUCGGACCAGGCCGUCCUGUACGCCGAGACUGUGUUGUACGACUUGCUGAAAAGGAUGCUCCCGAGCAACAGCGGCCCUGUCUACGCUGUGCUGGGCAACCAUGAUACCCACAGCCAGGCACAGAAUUCUCCGUCCGACAUUGGAGGCGGCGUCACGGAUCAGUUCAACUGGGAUUAUGACCAUCUCGCUGAGUUGUGGCAGUUGGAAAAUUGGAUUGACGCGGAAACAGCUGCGGUCGCUCGUACCCACUAUGCGGCUUACAGUGUCACGCGUUCAGAUGGGUUGAGGAUCAUUACUCUCAACACCGACUUUUGGUACAAGACCAACUUCUUCGCCCAUUUGAACCUCUCUUCGUCUGACAAUUCGGGCAUGCUCCGCUUCUUGACUGAUGAGUUGCAAGCUGCUGAAGAUGCGGGCCAGAGAGCAUGGAUUCUAGGACAUGUCCUUAGUGGAUGGGAUGGCAGCAACCCUCUGCAGAACCCCACCAAUCUCUUCUAUCAGAUCGUCGACCGCUUCUCUCCGCACGUCAUCGCGAAUGUCUUCUUCGGUCAUACUCAUGAGGACGAGCUGCAGAUCUUCUACGCGAACAAUGCUACCAACAUCAGCACGGACAACGCUCUAUCGAUUGCUUGGAUUGCUCCAUCCAUCACACCUCUAACUAACCUUAACUCAGGUUUCCGUGUGUACGAGGUCGACUCCGCGACUUUCGACGUCCUGGAUGCGUACACUUUUGCGAGCAACGUCAACUCGUUCCCGGCGCUCGACAACCAGAGUGAAGCCGGGCCAGAGUACUACUUCGAGUACAGCACCCGGGAGGCGUACGGGGAGAGCAUCGCCUGGGGCGCGAACGACCCGCUGAACGCGACGUGGUGGCACCUGGUGACCGAAGCAAUGGAAGCGAACACAACGCUGGUCUCAGAGGUGUUCAACACCUUCCAGGGUAAGAGCUCCGUCAAGAGCCCGCCGUGCACCGGAGACUGUGUUACCGCACGUAUCUGCUACAUGCGCAGCGGGAGUGCGAGCAUCGCGAACACGAAUUGCGUCUCGGGGUAUGGGUCGGUCCAAUAG